AUGUGGUUGGAACUCGUCGAGAAGAUGGUCGAGGCGACCAGGGCCAAAGCGGGUGAACCGCGAAGGCGUGACGAUAGAAUCGAGGCGGACUUACCGGAGAAACGCGUGUUGGAUAGCCGUGCAGUUCCAGUAACCAAAGCUGGAACAAGGGUGGUGGUAGAGAUCGGAUGGUGGACGCGCAAGUCGCGUUGA